GAUACACCAAGUUUUCGAGGAUUGGACGCAUUAACAAACUACUUUAAAGAAAUGCCUCCUCAACAAAUAUUGGCAUGUGUGUUUGUUAUGAAUGCAUCGUGUAGCAACUGGUGCUUCUCGGAGAAUGGGGAAUGUUUACCUACAUUUCUUGUGGAACUACCGAAAUGCAUUGUAGAGUGUGAGAUGUUGAUGGGUGGUGAAAUUUUAUUUAUGAUAAAUAAAUGGGAGUCGGUCAUGACCACUCAUGAGGACACGGAAAAAUUUGAAGAUGAUGCUUGGUUUAAUAUCAAGCACACAAUUAUAACAGCACUCGGAAGACAGAGAAUAAAUCAGGAUAAUAUUUACAGAGUCAGUCUUGGAAAACAGAUGCGUCACGAAAACGAUGAACGUUUAUGUCGAGAAUAUACGAGAUUUGAAGAUACUGUAUGUGGAAUACUCGAAAAAAGAAAUACGGAGAACUUAUCAGCCCUCAAAACAAUUGCAAUCCAGUGCAGGUCGAUCAUGAAAAAGAAACUUAAAAAGAUGAAAAAAGAAAAGAGCAAGCAUAAAAAAUGGGAAUCAGAUUUAAAAGGAAGUUUGACAAAGUUGGAAAAUGUUUGUCCUCCUGUGGUAGAAACGGAGGAAUCUGAAUCUGACCUUGAAGAAAAAUUCAUCAGAAACUCCAAAAAGCGUAAAAAAAAGUCAGAUGAUUCAACAUAGUGUCCUUCAGAUUUGUGGAUACCAGAUUUCCGCAAACCUAUGUCAAGAGGAUAGUUAGCUGCCAACUUCAGUCUAGACGAACCUUGGCUCAAAAUCAAUCAAGAGUACCGACACUUGCCCUAUUCGUUACGUUAAACGCUCUGGGGUUCAUAUUUUGGCAUUGGAAUUGAAGACUUCACAGGUGGAUUCAAUUGUUUGUGGAACGACACCAUUUAAAAGAAGGCUGUUGCCAAAUAAAUUGAUGCUAAGCAGAAUCUGAUAUCAAUAUUGGUAUACCAUGACAAGAAGAAUGGUAUCAGAAGGAGUUUGUGAAAAUGUGGUUAAUAAGUCAAAAGACAACUAAGGAAAUAAAUAACAGAAGUUCAAAACCAGCAUUGAUACCAGUGGGUAGACUAAAAACGCAAAUUACAGCAGACGGACAACGGAUGAAAAUUUUCCGGAGUUGCGCAACCUUUUCCCUUAAAUAUGUAUUUUUAAUUAGCGAAUUGGAAAGGGCAUAUAAAGGGAUAGUGAGUUAAAAAGAAAUAUCCAUCCCUCAGGGCACGUCCUCGGGGAAUAGUUCCUGUCGCGGGAUCAAUAAGAGUGUCAAGGAGUGAAUUUAUGUAUUUCACUUUUACUUUUAUGUUUCAGCAUCUGUGUUAUAUUUAUCAAUUUGACAUCUCUCCUCCUCCUGUCCCACGGUAUCAAUGACAGUAUUGGAAGUUUUACAUUCAGCGUAGAGAUAAAAGGUUAAACAUUUCCUGUCUUGAGAAUUCUACCUAAAUUAAUGUCAACCAUAUUUCUUUUAAUGUUACAAUUUCAGUUUUAUUCCAUUUCAUUGGCUAUCUUUAGAAAUGUGGGAGGAGUCUGGGGGAAAGAGAUGAGAUUUGUGUGUAUGUUAGUUUUGAGUCUUAGAGUAGAGUUUUAGCGAGUUAAAUGUUACCUUUUGGAAUUUAUGA